ACUUAACAAUAACACACACACACUCUCUCUCUCUCUCUCUCAGUUCGAGAAAGUGCAAUAGAAUCCCUCCAACCUAUAAAGAAAACCAACCACACCCCAUAAUCCUUUGUAGUUGGAAACCAAUUCUUACCCUCCUCUCUUCUCUAUCUUCACCCUCCCUUACUUCACUCAUAUCAUGAUGCAAUGAUAAUAGGCUUUUUCUGUUUUCUCUCAUCUUCAUCAUCAUCAUCUCUAUGUCAUAGCAAUAACAGUACGUACUACCUUUAGUUUCCUCCUACUAACCAAAGAUAUAUUUAUUUAUAGAAAUAAUUAGAAAGAUGACAAAAUUGCAUGUGGUGGGAAGUAGUUGUUUGUUUCCAAGGUUGUUCCUAGUGGUGGGGCUUGUUUGUCUUGUGGUUGUUGGGAGCAGCAUAGCAACUAGUAGAAAACCAACUACACAACAUCAACAAGAAGAAGAAGAAGAAGGACUCCACCAUAAUAAUGGUCAAGUAGUAUUCUCUGCUGGUCGAGAUAAUAAACAAGUCGCCGAUUUCAACUACAUGAGCAAAAGAAGAGUCCCCAAUGGACCAGAUCCAAUUCAUAACAGGAGAGCUGGAAACUCCGGUAGACCUCCUGGCCAAGCUUAAUUAUUAUUUAUUAAUGAACUCUGAAUUUCGACAAGCUUCGGUGAAGGACAAGAUAUGUUAGCCAUGUACACAAUUCUGAGAACUGGGACUGAAUAUAUAUAUGUAUAAUAUGCUUGUGUGUAUAUAUAUUCCUGAGCUUCUUGGUAUUCCAGCAUGCAUGGAAAUUAAAGGGCUAAUCUCAAUUGCGGAAAUUUAUUUAUUUUGUUUAUUAUGGGAAGAGUUGAUUUAGAAGGAAAAGAAAAAGGAAUGAAGCUUGUCCCACAGAAAAUAAGCUCAAAAGAAAGUUGAUUAUUAUGAUCAGUUAAGUGAUGAGAGUGUUUACAAUGUUUGUUUCUUGAA